CAACCAUCCACCAACCAGUCGUUAUUCAAAGAUUGGUGAAAUACAAGGAUCUUUGAGCCAUAGUGAAAUAAUAUCAAAUUGUUUUUUUCUUCACCUUGUCGCUCGUUUUGUCUAAAGCAUUAAUUUAUCACUUGGUUAAUUCAUCGCGUUUCUUACUUCGUUAAGCAUAUUCUUCCACUCAAAAGGAUUUCUUUACAGUAUUCUUUGGUAAAGAACACCUUUAAAGAAGAAUUGUUGCUGAAACUUGCCUAGUUCGUUUUAAUUAAGCUCAGGGGGUGAAUUAUUAUAUUUCCACUAUUAUAACUUCCGUUCGUGGCCACUGUUAUUAAACCGGAAAAGCUACUUCAAGAACAAUACUCCCUAUUGCCUUUGGUUUUUAUUUAUAAAAAAAACUAGGAGCUUCACUUACUAUUUUUGGAAAUUUUCACUGUCACUACAUAGACUCAUUGUUUCAUUCAUUUACAUACUUAUUCGUAUCUCCAUAUGGCAUUAAAAACGUCUAUUAGAAAGUAUCUGUUCAUCCUCUGCUUCGCCGUUGGUACAAUCAGCAUUUAUAUUUCAGAGGUGAUUGGAAUACCCCUCAAUUUUAUUAAUACGCACUUAUACAAUAAGUAUGUUUCUUUCACAAAAGGACUUGCAGGUAUCUUGUUUAUCUUCCUUAUUCAAUCUUUUAGUCCUACUCCCGUAACCUUGACAUAUGACUCCGACCUGCGGAACCUCUUUUACUUAGAUCGGAAUGGUUGCUUGGAAACAAUUGCUUCGGAACGCAAUAUUGUAAUGGCUAACCAUCAACUUUACUCGGAUUGGAUGUACAUCUGGUGGUUAGCGUACACUGCAAAACUACAUGGUCAUAUUUAUAUUGUCUUAAAGGACUCCUUAAAGUGGAUCCCCAUCAUAGGUUGGGGUAUGCAAUUGUACCGGUUUAUCUUCCUUUCCAGGAAAUGGGAUAAGGAUGCUUCUACGAUGGAGCGUAAAUUCAACUUUAUUCAUCAUGUUCCUGAGCCUGCCAGCUUGUUAAUGUUUCCUGAGGGAACCAACCUUGUUCAAGGGACUUGGGAACGCAGCAAGGUUUUUGCUGAUAAAGCCGGCGUUGACAUGCCUAAAAAUCUAAUGCUUCCACGUGUUCGUGGUUUGUUCUUUAGUAUUAGUCAAUUACGCGAUUCCAUGACUUACUUAUAUGAUUACACAUUUGCUUUUUCUGAUCCUUCUCCUAAGAAGUUUGCUGCGGAUGCAUUCUCUCUUAAGCAAUUAUUUUUUGAAGGUGCUCGCCUUCGUCGCAUGCAUGUUCAUGCUCGUAGAUUCCGUAUUUCCGACAUCCCUUCCGAGGAAAAACUUUUUACAAAGUGGUUAUACCAGCGUUGGUAUGAAAAAGAUCAGCUCAUCGAGGAUUUUCGUAAAAAUGGAAGCUUUCCUGGUUCGAGACAGUUGAAUACCACUGUUCGCCUUAAAUCACGUCUUGAAAUUCUCUAUCUUUUCUCAGCCCUUUUUACAUGUUUCGCUAUAUCCUUCGUCAUUUCUCUAUUUCUUUAGAUUAUGACCAUUGUUUAUAGAGCACAAAUAUCUAAUAAAUAGACAUUCGAUAUCGUUUACGUUUACUUAUACUAAGUGGGCAAACAGAGUCUUUCAAGCGUCGUGUUUAUCUAAUUACUUACUAUUUAGCAUCCUUUUAUUUUUGCCUCAUUCUGUUUUGCUACUCGUGCUAAAACAAAUUUUCCCUUAGAAGAUCUUUUCAAGAAGCAGAAGUGAAAGGAAUUGGUCUGCAGUAUUUUCCUUUAUGUACUAAAUUGUUUCUUAUUUAUGUUAAAUAUAAAAAAAAAGAUUUUAAUCAUUGAAGUGUUCUUAAAAUUAACUCCAGCUAUAGUUGACUUCUGAGUAUAUCCUUCUACUACUGCAUUAAGGGCGAAAAUUGAAUAAGAGCCAUAAACCGCCAAAGUACUCCAAAAAAUAAUCAAACAUUUUUUGCUGGCUUC